AUCCGGAUUUGGAAUAAGGAAUUCCAGUCAGCCAAACAGACCUGCAUUCAACGUCUUGGAUGAGGGACACAGAAAACUCCUUCGGCUUUAGAGCUUCAUGAGUGUUUCUCUGUCUUUUUGCAGACCCAAAAACUCUGACAUGUGUAUUACAUGCUGAUGGUCAGCUCCUUCAUUUCCAGAAGAACCCAAUUGGUCAAGCCUGCCACUUUCAUAUCCUUGUUAUUAUCUCACUAAUCCCUUUGUGUGCCUCUCUCUUUCAUACAAAGAAAUCUCUUCUUGCUCCAGAUUGUAUUUCUCACAGAGAAUCUAGCAUCCAUGACAUCACUGCUUUGAAUCAACUACAGAUCGUUUAGCUUGACUUUUUUUAAAACAGUACGUCAAGGCCUUUUAUCUUAUGGCUCGGAAGGGUAAUCAACAAAAGAAUGGGGUAGAUCGCCAGACAUCGAAGCACAAAAGGAAGGGUACAGAUUCAGGGUGUACACUAGCGGAAACGAAAGGGCAAGGAAAAGCAAGUGAGGUGAAAGUGUUCCCUGGAGAAGAACUACCAAAUGGUGACCAGCCAAGCAGUCCUCUUUCAGCCAGUGGGAGUAAAACCAAUCAUCCUGGAGAUGAGAAUAAAAGCAAACAAAAAUCUGGAAAGCUUUUGAGGAAAGAUAAGCAAGGUCUGGAUGCAACUCGGGUUCCGGAGGAGGCAAUGUCUUUAGGGAGUGAUUCAGGAGAUUGCAAUGGAAACAAUGAAGCUCCAAGCACUAGAGAAGAAAAUGGGUCAUUACCUCGGAGUGACUUACGCCGUAAACAUACAAAAAGAAAAUUUGGGUCCUCCCUGAAAUGGUGGCAUAUGAAAACUUUUCUGAGUCGGGUAGAGUUUUCAGAUAGCCUAUUGGUUAGAAACUUGAAGGCAUCAACAUUGUCCUUCUUGAAGGUGGCUAGUGAAUGGCUGCAGAGGCACGAGCCUAUGUUUCUUACUGUCAAAAGUAACAUACUGAAUGCUCGCGAUUAUGUCAAUACAAAGUUUGAGCAGGCAUAUCCCAUUGUUCUGAAGUGGCUUAUGCAGUUUGGGAGCAUAUUGGUUCUUUUAUCAAUGGCUUGGUUGGAUUGUACCGUAAGGGGCAUCGAUAGCUUACUCCGGAUGGGGACAACAUCCUUCUUUUCUGUUAUAUGGUGCAGCAUUCUCUCAGUAGUUGCUAUGGUUGGGAUGUUUAAGUUUCUGAUUGUGUUGGUCUUCGCUGCUCUGAUUGGACUUUUCAUUGGCUUCAUGCUUUCGAUUUUGGUGGUUGCUAUUUCUGGAGCUAUUUUCUUGUGGUUCUAUGGAAGCUUUUGGACAACAGCACUUGUAAUCUUCUUGGCAGGUUUGGCAUUCACACUGAGCCAUGAGCGUGUUGCCCUGUUUGUCGCCACUGUGUAUUCCAUUUAUUGUGCUUGGACAUAUGUUGGAUGGCUGGGUUUGCUUAUAGGGUUGAAUUUAUCUUUUAUCUCAAGUGAUUGUCUGAUAUAUUUCUUAAAGAACAAUGUAAAUCAGCAGAGAAGACCCACCGGAUUCCCUGAACAAGCAUCUGGAAUGCAAGGUCAACCAGGCUUUUUUAACGGUGAGCAGGAGCAUGCUUCAUCCUCUGAAAAUGGGCCAUGGUUUUCUGCUGAUCGUAGCCCUGGAGUACCUUCAACCAGUGGGGCUGAUUCUGAGAUAACCUCUGAAGAUGAAGUAGUUCGGCUGCUAAACUGUACUGAUCACUAUUCAGUGUUGGGAUUGUCCCGGUUUGAGAAUAUAGAUGUUUCUUUACUGAAGCGGGAGUAUAGGAAAAAGGCAAUGUUGGUCCAUCCCGAUAAAAAUAUGGGAAAUGAAAAGGCUGCUGAAGCUUUCAAGAAACUUCAGAAUGCAUAUGAGGUUUUACUUGAUUCAUUGAAGCGAAAAGCAUAUGAUGACGAAUUAAGGAGAGAGGAACUGCUGAACAUUUUCCGUAGAUUUCAAAGUGCUUCACAAAAGAAUGGAGGACACGGUGUCUUUCCUUCUGGAUUUGCACACCCGGAAGCUGAUGGUGAGGACCCAUUUGGAGAUUCUAGGCGGAUUGCCUGCAAUAAGUGUGGCAACUUUCAUGUCUGGGUACUCACUAGGAAGUCAAAGUCUCAAGCGCGAUGGUGUCAGGAUUGCAAGGAUUUGCAUCAAGCAAAAGAUGGUGAUGGGUGGGUUGAACAAUCUUCCCAACCCUUCUUCUUUGGAUUUUUGCAGAAGGUAGAUGUUCCAUCUGCAUUUGUUUGUGCAGAUAGCAAGAUAUAUAAUGCUACUGAGUGGUAUAUAUGCCAGGGAAUGAGAUGUCCAGCCAACACUCACAAGCCAAGUUUUCAUGUGAACACUAGUGUGACCUCCAAGCAUAAUACUGGAAAGGGAGCAAGUUCAGGACAAAGAGGAGGCCGGAUGCCGGCAUCUAUGGAAGAGAACAUGACAGAGGAAGAAUUCUUUGAGUGGUUACAGAAUGCAGUGCAAACAGGCAUGUUUGAAAAUUUUAGUGCCGGCACCUCCACUGAGAGCCCAUCUGCCAAAUCUGGAAAUGGUACCACCAAGAGUAGUAGUGGCAGCAACAGUGGCAGCGCUAACAAGAGGAAGAAAAAGGGAAAGAAGCAAUGGUGAGUAUCCAAGUUGUUCCCAUUGUUUCUCACUAAUCUUUGUAAGCAUUAGUGAAUCUGAUAAAAACAUAUGUUUCAAUGUUGGCCUAUUGUCUUUUUCAGAAAAAAGAAGGCCUGAGGAAAGUUUGACUUCAUUAAUCAUAAGUAUAGAAUCCCCCAUUAGCCUGCAUAGUGCAUACUACAGAGUUUGUAUAUCAUUUCAUCAUUCUCAAUCGUCUUAGAAUUAACUGUGGACCGCUAUACCCAUUCGAAAUAGAUUGCCAGAAGUUUAGGCAGUUACAUUUGCGCAGAGGAGCAAGGCAAUAAUGUUCUUGCACUGCCUAUAUUUUGCAUUUGGUAUGCGGAGGGAUCUGAAUUGGUUGGAAGGAUUGGACGCAUGGAAUGAUGAUCAAGAAAGAAUGACGUUAGACAAUGCAUUGUUGUUAUGUUCAUGGAAAUGGAUGAUAUGUGAAGCCAACAUAUUUUUAUGAAACUUGAUCUGGUGCAUGUAAUCUGAUGGUUAGCCUUUAUCUCAUCAGAUAAAACCCUGAUGAAUAUAACCCACAUCAAAAUCCAUUAAAACAAGAUGAUUAUAUCUUU